GAUCGAAUUCCACCAGACAGCUGACGGAUCUGGACAAGAAAACCUGCAGUGCUGUCGGAUUUUUCUCGCGUCGCGGCCUGCCCGGGCACUAGCUGUCUCUCCGCGCCAUCGGUAGGGUUUAAGCGAGAGAUAUUAAUGCCCGCACUCCUCACAUAAGACUCCCAGGUUCUUGAGUCACCCUAUAAGUACUGCUGCCAUGGUGGCCGCCUUACCACGCAAUGACCCAGAUUUCGUUACUCGACUCAUGAAUAGCGCCUUCAGUCACUCAGAGGAUGUGAGCGUAGUAAUUCGCUCCUACGACUUCCGUAAGGAACUAUUAGCCCAGAAGCCCUUGCACGUUGGACUCGCGCCAGAGUGGAGAAGGAGCUAUGACCGACGUGCCGGAAGGGAUUCUCUGGUAUCCAUGGCUGGUACGAUGCGCUCGCUGGCCAAGAUUCCUCCUCAGGAGAGGAGUUGGGACAAGAUCAUUAGCACCAUGACACAAACUCCCUUACUCGAGCCAGAUAACGCCCCUGUACACCGCAGUGCUGUCCUUCCACUGCCCAAGGCUCUGGGCUUCGUUGGCAACUGUGACUCCUCCGUGAUCGAUCGAAUAAAGUCUUGGUUUGUUUCGCUCGUUGGGGACCAAGAAAUCAUGAGUGCUCUCGCAGUGGACAUUGUCGUCCUGGCUGACAGUGCCUCACGCCUUGGGACUCAGCUCUCCCUGCCACGCUUUCGGGCGGUUCAGCAAGAAACUACUCUGCUCGAUAUCAACGUGAUCCGAUUCCCUGAUACAGGCCAUCCAUUCUUCGAGUUGUACAUGCUCAAGGUAGAUGCCUGGUCCCAGCGGUGGCCUUUAUUCGUUCCUAAAGAGGAUAUGAACGGCCUGUCAGGAGCAUUCCAGGCGCAUAAAUUCCGACCUCGGACAUCCAUCAUCAAUGAGCUUUCACCGCAGACGUUAGAGAGAGCUGUCCAAGAAGCUGAGGCCCUCCUUGACAGUCAGGGCCGCGCAGCCGCUUAAGCGGUCCUAACGCUUACGUGUAGUCUAACAAUGCUUCGUAUGUAGAGCUGAUACCGUAUGCAAGAGGUUAUUUUCUGAGCGAUGUCAGUAUGUUACUAUUUCUAUUCUCGAGAAUUAUCCAGCCGUAACGAUGGUC